CUGAACGUCUUAGCUUUCGAGGGCCCUAGUGCUCUCCGAGUAGCCGAUUUGUGAAGCUGUGCCGCUAGCAGGGCUGGGUGAAGGUUUAGUGUAGGAUUUUUCUUAAACUAGAAAAACAGAAACAAGAUGGCGGAAGAGGCUAGCAAAAAGGCAGGCAAGGAAGAUCAGCGCGCACAGCGUGCCACCUCCAACGUUUUCGCCAAGUUCAAAAAAGACCAGAUUCAGGAAUUCAAAGAGGCAUUCACCAUGAUCGACCAGGAUCGCGACGGUGUCAUAUCCGUGGACGAUCUUAGAGAAAUCUAUAACUCACUAGGCCGUGUACCAUCCGACUCUGAUCUUAAUGAAAUGAUCAAAGAAGCACCAGGUCCAAUCAACUUCACAAUGUUCCUCACACUGAUGGGAGAGAAAUUGCACGGAAUGGACCCGGAAGACGCACUCAGGAACGCCUUUGCUAUGUUUGACAAGGAGGGAAAAGGAUUCAUCCCAGAAGAAUACCUUAAAGACUUGCUAGAGAAUAUGGGUGAUAACUUUGGGAAAGAUGAGAUCAAACAGACGUGGAAGGAAAUUCCCCUGGAGGGAGGAAAAGUAGAUUACCAAAGAUUCGUAUCCCUUAUUAAGGGUAAAUUAGGAGAGGAAGAAUUGGCGGCGUAAGGUCACAGCCAAGGGAGGCUACUCCAAGAGCGAAGAAAAAAGAAAAUGUACUGUGAUUAGUUGUCACCCACUACUCCAUGACCCUAUCUCCUUAGUUUGGCGAUACGUUUGUUGCUCCGAGGAGUCCGUGGAAAGAAAAGGUUCUCCCCGAAAUCUCCAGUCGUUAGAAUUCCCUGUGAGUUCUAGCCUGAGUUUAUGCGGGGGAUCCUCGAGCCUUCGUGCUGCCUCGAAGCCCUAUCGUGUAACGUUGAUCUGGUUUUGCCCUUGUGUCUAGCUACUAGCGUGAACAUUUCGGAGAGGAGGCUACUGGUGGUCGAGAGGUGUCCCGCGGAUCAUGGCGCAGUGGGUGACGCUCUAGGACAUUUUCCUAUCCAGCCUCAGACCUUCGGAAUCAUUGAAGUCUAUUGGGCCAAAACGUGAACACCAUUCCAUUUAGCUAUUCAAGAUCAAGCCUAGUCAGCUGAGGAAGGUGUCUGUUGUGGUGUGCAGAAAACGAAGGGUGAACUCUUAUCCACGUAGCUGGACACCGUUCACCAGACACCCAUGCUUCAGCGAGCCUUUUUACUUACGCAGUAGUGAGUCAGUGUUGGCCUCGUAGGGUUCACCUCCCAAGGCUGUGGCCCCCGUUCCACAACCUCACCCGCGGAGAACCCAUCUGUCUAGAUCCUCCAACCGGGAACUCUUUCUCUCUCCUUCCUCAUUCCUAUCAUUCUACUCUUUGAACUCUUCAACAGAAUUCAGAAUUACAAGUAAGCUCGACAUAUCCGGACUCAAAAUCUCAAAAAGCUCUUGAUCUGGAAUCAAUAGCCUGUGCAGUUUCAACUCUAUAUACGUACAGAAAGUCAAGCGUUUGGUAUAACAUGGAAAUCAUCUCAUGCUUUCAAUCCCUUAUUCCUUAUAAAUAAAAAAAUUAUAUAUAUGAAAAAAAAAAACAAAUUACAAACAAAAGUAUGUACAAAAUGCAUCACGUACAUGACCUGUCGUUGAAAAGUAAACAAUGUGAGGAUGGACCAUCGUGCAGCUUACGAUCAGUGCUGACCCAGGAAACAUCUCUAUCUCAAGUAGAUCAAGUACUUCAUCUACUCUACAGAGACACCUAUCAUCUGUCUCUCUGUGAAGCAUCGGUGUGGAUUGUUUUUUUAAUUAAAUUCUGUGCACAGCA